GUUACGUCGUGACGUCUUCCGCAGAUUGAACAAACCGAGGGGCACCGAGCGAAAGGAACCGCCGGUAGACGAGCUGGGGGGAAAAUAAAAAAAAGAGGGAGGGAGAGAGAGAGAGACAGACAGACAGUUUGAUUCCCCGAAUAAAUUAUUGUAUUGCUUCAGUCUGACCAGUGACCGCCAAAUUAGUCGAGUCUUACGAGCUUACAGAAGAUGGCUGUGAACGUCUAUUCAACUUCAGUAACCAGUGACAAUUUAAGUCGACAUGACAUGCUGGCAUGGAUAAAUGAAUCUUUAAAAAUAAACCUUACAAAGAUUGAACUGCUGUGUUCAGGUGGUGCGUACUGCCAAUUCAUGGACAUGCUGUUCCCUGGUUGUGUGCCUUUGAAGAAAGUGAAAUUCCAAGCCAAACUAGAACAUGAAUUCAUUCACAAUUUUAAGCUGUUACAAGCAAGCUUCAAGAAAAUGGGGGUUGACAAAAUUAUUCCUGUUGACAAGUUAAUAAAAGGAAAGUUUCAGGACAAUUUUGAAUUUGUUCAGUGGUUUAAGAAAUUCUUUGAUGCCAACUACGACGGGAAAGACUAUGACCCAGUAGCUGCACGCCAAGGACAGGAGACCAUGCCUUUGCCCAACCCCUCCACUCCUGCUCUCAACAAGCCCAAGAAAAUCCCCAGCACUGGGAGUGCAGCCCCUCAGAGACCAGCUGCAGUAGCAAAGCCAGCUCCUAAAGUUGCUUCAGUGGGAGCGCGGAGACCUGCCGGCGCAGGAAACGGCGAUGAGGAGAAGGCUGAGCUCGUUCAGGAGGUUAACUUAUUAAAACUCACAAUUGAAGACAUGGAGAAAGAGAGGGAUUUUUACUUCGGCAAACUGAGGAAUAUUGAACUGAUCUGUCAAGAGAAGGAGGGGGAAAAUGACCCAACAUUGCAAAGGAUUGUUGACAUCCUUUAUGCCACAGACGAGGGCUUUGUUAUCCCAGAUGCGGAAUCUCAGGAACAAGAGGAAUACUAACAUUCCAGGCUGGAUGAAACUUCUACAGUACCUGUACUCCCCUACACAUCAUGUUAUGCAUUUAGUUGAGAAUGAACUAUAUAUGAAAAUUUGUCGGCAAAAACUAAUUGAAGUACCUCUUUUGACCCUUGACGUGUAUAAAUGCAGAAUUCCAAAAGCAGAACUGUUCGUUUCAGAGUGGAGAAAAAAGCAACGCAGAUCCGUCUUCAGACUUGGCUUCCCGUUGUUUUGCUUUUAGGGAAGUUCAGAGGUGUCCAGCGCCUUCCGUGUUUGUCUUCUGUUUUGUUUUUCUGUAAGCUCUGUCACCUUUUCACUGUUGUGGUUUUGUAAAAGUCACUAAAGUUUUCUGAUUUUUUUGGAUUAUUAAAUGUUGCUGAAAUUUAAGAAGUUUUUUAAUUAUUCUAUUACAUAUCGGAACAGAAUAUCACGUUCAGGGGUUUAAUGGAAACGAAAGACUGGGCACCAGACACAAUUUGAAUAUGUAUCAAUAUCUGGUGUUCUGUCUUGAAAGGAAAAGUGCGUUUUAUUGCGGUUCUGUGAUGUGUUUUUCAACACUUGAGUUCUCAGUACUGAGACAUGAGGACUACAGUGUAUUUGUCUUGGUGUGGUAAAUGAGUUGGUCUUUAUGAAUUGGAAGUCAACAGGGAGUCGUUGGUUGUAUACCAGUGACUGAGUGCCAUUUGUUUAAUUUUUUUAUAUUCUAUACAAUACCUACUCUAGCAUUGUGGAUUAGAUAUUUUGGCAAUUCUGAAAACUGUUACAUUAUUGCACACACAAUGAAAUUGACACUGUUUCUAUUAAUGUUUUUAUUUAAAUAAGAGUUUAAAUAGUUUGUAUCCAAUGUCUUUUAUUAAAGCUCUCACAGGGUCCCUUAUCCAGGUUCACUUAAAUUCUGCUAUUCUGUGUGAGGGAAAAAACGUUAAACUUUAAUUGUGAACUGGUUUAUUUUCUAUUUUUAAUACGUUUUUAUUCCUGAUAAAGGUUCUCAAGAUUUUUUUUUAUAAAAUGAAUGUUUUUCCUGCAGCACAUUUCAGGUAUAAUGAAGUUCUGCCUCUUUAAAUUUUACAACCUUUUAAAGAAAUCUGCAGGAAGUCUGGUGUAAGUGAUUGGCUUUUUAGAUUGUGAAGACGCCUAACAGGAAGUAAUGCAAAGUUUCCGCAUAAGGUUAUGAUGGAGAAAAAUGUUUCAAAUUCUCACACAUAAAAUUGGCGAGAAAGAAAUCCAGUACAUUUAUGUUUUUGGGUAUGUUCUUCUGGGUUGCACCACAAAAUCACAGCUUCAUUUUAGUUCACCAAGUGUGUGGUUUUAUAGUGGCAACAACAUCAGUUUCGGAGGCUGUGACCUUCCAGGUAAUCUCUAGAUUACUUUGAUCAAUACCUUGGCAGCAGACUGCAUGAAAUGAGGCCCGUUUGUGUGAAACGGUUAAAAAAUGUGCAACGAAUCUGUAAGCUUUUACUAUGAUUGCAGUACAUUCUGACAUCAUCUGCUUUCAGAAUAAUGGGGUUUCCUAAGAGAUCUUGCCUGUUAUUCAUUCCUGAAUUGUCAAUUCUUAAAAGUCUGUUUCACAACUUUUUGAAGACUGCACUGUGCAGUUUAAUUUCUGAUUAAAUUUAAUAUUAAUCUGGGGGAGAUAAUGUGAGGGAUUUGUUUCCCCUUUUCUAACACUUUGAAUCCAUGGAUGAAUUGUCUAGCUGAAAUACCAGUUACUGCUCAUCUUCAUAAACAAGCAAAGGGAUGUGUAUGUAUUGUUGGUCUACUUAUUUUUUGCACUGAGUCAAGAAGCUCACCACUAUGAUGAAAAUCAAGGACUUUUUUUUUAGAAAUGGCACCUUCUGAAGACCAUGGGGUAAAUGAUCUUUUCAGCAAGAUAAUGGUGAAGGAAUGUUUUUGUCUUGUUAAGUCCAGAAUAUAGUAAAUGCAUUGUCAGAAUUAUGUAAAUAUAAAUCUGUCACUGGAGUACGUCUCCAUUUCUGAAUAUUUUUCUGUGCCAAUGUCUUCGGACUUCUGUUUCAAGUUGGUUAUGGUUUCAUCGCAUCAGUUUUAGACAGUUUUUAUUUGGAAGCAUGUGUGAAGGUGGAAUAAGGAAAGACUGUAAGUAGAACUUUAGAAGUUGCCAAAAACAUACAGUAACCAGCCAUUGUUGGGAUGGGAGUGAAUGCAAUGGUGCUAUUUCUAAUUCCUCUUGUGGCCUUUAUGGUUUGUUGUCCUAAGAUUCUUGUACACUGUGGACCAUGUACCACUAUUGGUCUGUCUCUGCAGGGCGUUCUUCUUUUACCAAUUUGCUGAAGUCGGUUUCUUACGAACAAUAAAACUAUUUCCACACUGUU